AUGGGUCGCUUUCCCCCGGAGCUUGAGCAGGUCAUCCUCAAAAUGUGCGCCGAGGAUGAAUGGAGUUUCAUCCCCACACUUCUCCGCGUCGCUCAGCGCGCACAUAUAUGGCUCGAACCUCUUCUGUACCAACAUGUCUAUAUCAGCACCGACCUUGAACGAAAGCCCGCGCAAGACGCCUUCUUCCAUGUCGCUGUUGCCCGCCCACAAUCCUUUCUCGCAAAAAGUGUGCGUGUGGUGGUGCUCGAGCUGGACCAUUCUGGAACACCAGCUCAAGACCUUCUGGAGUGCACCUACCAUGCGCUGCGGUCCUGCACUGGGAUCCAGGAAUUCGCCGUGAAUGGUGCUGACAGCAUGGACAUUGGGCCAACAUUAUUCCCCAUCUUGGCCACCAUGCCGCUUCACCGCCUUGGGGCUUUUCUCGAAAAUCUCCUACCGCACCCGAUCUCGAUGAAAGAACAUGCACCAGCGUUCCCGGCGCUCACGCACCUCGAUGUGUUUGACAGCGAAGGCCACAACAACCACUCCCGCGACCUCAUUCGCAUUGUUCCAUUCUUAACGGCACUGCCCCGCCUAACCCACCUCGCACUUCAGAGCCAGCCACCUGCCCAUUCCGUCCAGCAAAUCUUGGACGGUUGCGCCUUCCUCCAGGUGCUUGCCUUCAUGGAGCCCCUCGCAGACCUCGAACCCCCACCUCAUCCCUGA